GAAAAAUGCCGGCUGAGAUAUGUGAAUUUUUUUGACCUUGAAUAUGUAAAUAUUUAUUUUUGACAUCAUUUUUUUUUUACUCUAUAGUUUACUCUAUAGUCAAUUGUGCAACACGAACCGCUAUGCUUGCAAUAAUAGAGAUAUACAUUGCAGCAACCAAUUUCCCUAAUUGAAUGGAAUUUAAUAAACGAUUUAAAUGAUUUACCAGAAAAUAAAGAUAUUAUUAUAGAUUUUCUUUUGGAAAGACUACAACAUGGUCAAAUUUAUACAUGGGUUGAUUCAUUACUCUUGACAUUAAAUCCUAAUAAUGAAGCAUUAACAUCUCAUUUGUAUCAUUCUUCUAAAUUAACUUCUAAAUUUGAUAAACAAAUUACUACUACUUAUGAAACAAGUCCUCACAUAUUUACUAUUGCUGCUAAGGCACAUUACAAUCUUACUAAGAAAUUUAGACAAAAUUCUCAGGUAAUUAUUAUAAGUGGAGAAACUGGAACAGGAAAAACAUUUAAUGUUUACAAAUGUUUAGAAUUUUUUAGUAACAUUAAUAAAGCUUCAAUACAAUUCUCUCAAGAAGAUUAUACGAAUAAUGUAAUGUUAAGAAUUACAGACGCGUGUCAUUUGAUAUCUGUUUUUACAACUGCAUGCACUGAAAAAAAUGAAAUAAGUUCAAGACAUGGAGAACUUAUUAAACUUCAUUAUAAAAAUAAUAUUAUUUCUGGUGCAACUAUUAACUCAUUUCUUUUGGAAAGAAGUAGGGUAACAAGAGGUUCAGACAAUUUUCAAAUUUUUUAUCAGAUGAUAUUUGGAAUAUCAGAGAUAGAACUUGAAGAUUUUUAUUUAUCUAAAGAUAAAGAUUAUGAUAUAUUAAAUUCUAUAGAUUAUGAAAAACAAAAAUAUUUUCAAAAUGGUUUUCAAGAUACUCUAAAUGCAUUGGAUAUGUUGGAUUUUAAACCAGAUCAAAAAAAACAAAUCUUUCAAGUCCUUGCUUUAUUGAUUCAUAUGGGAAAUAUUAAAUUUAUAAAAAAUAGUGAAAUAUGUAUAAUUGAUUUUAAUAAUAACAAAUCCAAAGAAGCUUUAAAAAAUAGCUGUAUUCUUGGUUCUUUAACUGAAGAUACCAUGAUAAAAUUGCUUACAACUGUUCUUAUAAAUCCGCAAAGUAUUUGGCGAAAACACACCUCAUAUCAUCGAUAUCUUGUUACUGUUGAUGCAUGUCGUAAUAGAUUACAUAGUAUAAUUAGACAUAUAUAUGAUCUUCUUUUUCACUGGAUUUUAAAUCAUACAAACAAUAUUUUGUCUCUAAAACAACAAUAUUCUCAAUGGCUUGGUAUACUGGAUAUCUUUGGUUUUGAAUCUUUCAAUAAAAAUGGCAUGGAACAGCUUUGUGUAAAUUAUGUUAAUGAAAAAAUGCAACAAUAUUUCAUAGAAUCUUAUGUGAAAAAUAAUCGUAACAAUUUACAGGAAGAAAAUUUUAUUGAAAUUUAUAAUCCUUUGCAUACUAUUAAUUUAUAUAAAGAACGUUUAAACGUUAUUGAAAAAAAUUUAUUUUUAACUUUAAAUGAUGCUUGUCAAUCGUUUAUAGUAAUUGAUACAUUAAAAAUAGUUCAAUUGGUACAUAAAAAUUUACUUAAUAUACAAAAAGAAAUUUUAAGUGAAAAAGAAGGAAAUUUUAUUAUAGAACAUUAUUCUGGUCCUGUUGCAUAUUCCAUAGAAGAUAUAUUAUCUAAAAACACAGAUAAGGUUCCAAGUGAAAUAUCUUUAAUUUUUAGUACAAGUAAAAAUAAAUUUCUUCAAUCUUUAAUUAAUAUUGAAGAAAGGCAAUAUUUACAUAUUGUAAAAUCUACUACUAAAAAAAAAACAAUGUUAGCUAAGUUAAAAUAUAAUAUGGAUAUACUUAUUAAAGAACUUAGCAAAUGUGAUUUACAUUAUGUACGAUGUGUUAAACCAAAUCGAUUAAUAAAUCAUGAAUGGGAUCGAAAAGAUUUUCAGAAACAAUUGGCAUGUAUUGGUAUUUUUGAUGCUCUGUCCUUAGCUAAAUGCAAAUAUCCUAUUCAUUUCUCUUAUCGAGAUUUUUAUUUUCGUUAUUCUAAAAAAUCUACAAAAACAAUUAAUUUUGAAAAAUGUAAACUGAUUAUGGAAUCAAUUAUAUCUAAAAAAGAUUUACAAACACAAGUUCAUUUUGGAAAACAAUUGAUAUUUUUAACACAACAUAUUUUUCUUAUAUUAGAAUCCUAUAAAAGAAAUUAUCAUAUAAAAUGUGUUAAUAAAAUACAAGAAUUUUGGAUAAGGCAUAAAUAUAAAAUAACAUUACCUAUUUUAAAAUAUGUAACAAAUAAUUAUCAAGUACAAAAUAUAUCUGAAAUGAAUAAAAAUAUAAUAUUUGUUAAAAUUAUAUUUGAUCAUGAAUUGAAAAAAUUAAAUACUUUUCAAAAAAAUAAUAACAUAUUUUUCACUAAUUCAAUUUUUUUUAAAAAUAAUGAUAAAACAAGCUAUUCAAACUUUGUAAUAAAAAAUACAAAAGAUGAUAAAAAUAUUAAUAUGUAUAAAAAUUUGAAAACUCACUCACAGAAAGAAAAUAAGAAUGAUUCGAUAAAGAUAUUAAAUACUUUGGAAAAAGUAUAUAUUCUUAAAAAUUCGCAAACAAACUUAAAGAAUCUUAAUUAUCAAUUCAAUCCAAUGUACAUUAAAAGUUUCAUUAAAAAUGAUACUUCAAAAUUUAUGAGAAAAAUCAAUACUAAUAAUUUUUUAAAAGUUAAAUAUAGCAAAAAUACUUAUAAGCAUAGUGAUAUAAUGAACACUUGUAAUAAUAACAACAAUAAUUUAUUGAAACAAUAUUUAGGAUUACAUAUUUCUUUAAUUCAUAUAGACUCUACAAAAAAAAAUUAUGAAAAAGAAAGUUCUAUAUAUCAUAAAACAGAAAAUACUAAUCUCAUUCAAAUGGAUUCUUAUCCGCUUUUUUAUAAAAAUGGAAUUUUAAGUCGACGACGACUUGCUGCAAUACCAAUAAGGAUGCAUAUUCGAACUACAUGUUUGAUUAAUUCACAUAUAUUACCACAUAACAAAUUACCACGAGGAUUACAAGAUUGUCUUUGAUAAAAAGAAUUAAUAUUUUAAUAACAAUAUACAGAAAAUAUUGUACAUAUAUUCAUAUAUAUUCAUAUAUAGAAAUAUAUCCACUAUUAUAAAUAAUUAUAAAUAUUAAACUAUAUAUGAAUGCAUUGUAAUAUAAAUAAAAAAUGAUACGUUUUCUCGCUUUAACGAGAAAAUGUUAAAAUAUAUUUAUACGUAUGAAUUUUGAUAAAAUGAAAUUCUUUUUAAAAAAAUUUUGUUUAUGUAAAAAAAAUCCAAAUAUGAAUCUAAAAUUGUUAUUUAAAUUAUAUACAUCUAUGUUUAAAUUUAUAAAUAACCAUAUAAUAAAUUAUAAGUAUUAAAA